GGAGGGGUGAGACUUGUUUCCACUUGUCGGUUGCGUCAAUCAUCGUCAGGUAUCUUCGAACCAUGGCAGAGAGCGAUAGCGACGAUGAGUUGAUGCGCGCGCUCCAAGGGCACGGCCAGCCCGAGGAAUGUGCGUACUGCCAGACGGAAGGCGCGACCUUCCCAUGCACCAAGUGCAAUUCCGUCGUGUACUGCGACAAUGGCUGCUUGCGUCGCCAUUUCAAAGCCCAUCGGGAUCACUGCAUCAAGGUAUAUCUAAAGGAGGAAAGCGAGAGCGAGAGCGAAUACGAGGACGACGACGACGAGGAGGAGGAAGAGGAGAAGGCGGACGCGCUGAGCCGACGGAGGAGCGGCCGUGGCUCCGCGUUAUUUCGCGGGUCGUCCCAAGUGUUUCAAAAUGGCAGCGGUAGCAUGAUGAUUCCUGGCCUCACAGAGGAGCAAAUUGCCCAACUCGUCAAGUUGAGCUCGAAAUCCACCGACGUGCUCAAGUCGUCCAAUGAAAUCUCGGGACUCAAGGCGCAGCUCGAGGAAAUGAUGAAGUCCCAGGUGAACAUGCAGGAGCUGGCCGGUCGCGUGACGACGAUGCAGCAGACCCAAGAGACACAGCAGCAAGCGUCGUCCACGUCGUCGACGCUCCUUCAAAAGUCGGCGUCGCUCAAACAACAUGAGCUGGAAAAACUCAUGCACAAGCUGGAGGCGUUGGAACAGCGCGCCAACUUUAGCGGUGGCGGCGCACCUCCAACGUCGUCGUCGUCGUCGUCCACGAUGCCGCCCAUGAUGAUGAUGAUGCCGCCGCCGCCGCCGGUGGUGAUUUAUACGCCGCUGCUGGUGCAGAACGACGACAAGUUCAAAAAGUACUUUAAACUGCUCAAGAUGGCCAUGCCCGUGGACCAGAUUAAGGCCAAAAUGGAGGUCGAAGGCGUGCCGCCCGCGCUGCUCGACACCCCCACGGCGAUCUCCCCCAACGACCCAGGGGCACCGCCAGGGGCGUACUUGCCGCUGACGGUGGGCGAGGACCCGAAAUUCAAAAAGUACUUUAAGCUCCAAGAGAUGCACAUACCAGUGGACCAAAUCAAAAUGAAGAUGGAAGCUGAAGGCCUCGACCCGGAUCUGCUGGACCACCCCGAGAAAGUCUCCCCCCACGACCCCGGGCCGCCAGCCGUGAACGGAGGGGGGUUUGCGUUUCCGGGAGCUGCCCCCGCCUUGUUGCAACCUGUGGCGGCCCCGUACAUUCCGUUACUCGUCAAGGAUGACCCGGCAUUCAAAAAGUACUUUAAGUUGAUGUCGAUGGGCAUGCCCGUGGAACAAGUGGAGCUCAAAAUGAAAGCCGAAGGUUUCGAUGCAUCCGUGCUUGCUACUCCUGACGCCGUGUCCCCCAACGACCCUGGCCCGCCGCCACCUCAAGCGCCGACCCCACCGGUGUCGGGUGGUCCGAUGGGCGGCGUGUCGAUGGAGCAAAUGUUCGCCAUGGUCAUGCAUCACCAGCAAAUGAUCCAAUCUGGUGCCGCGGGUGGAAGUGGGAUGCGGACCGCCCCCAACGGAGAUGGAGGCGCGGCGCCCGUGCGGUCGGUAAAGGACCAGAUGGCGGCGGAACUGGCGGCCGCGUCGGACGCCGUGCACGACAUCUUUGGAGAGGACACGGUCAAGGCGACGGGCGGCGGCAUGACCAUGGUGGAACAGCUCGAGAAGAAGGCGCGAAAGGACUUGAACAAGAAACUUGUGGAUAAUAUUGACGCCAUCAACACGACCAUCCAAGACCUCUUGACUGUCCAAUUCACGACGGAAGCGCAAGCGGUGCAGUACGCCACGGACGCCGCCAAAAGGUUGGACGCGUUUGGGUUAACGUUGGGGGUGGAUGCCAAUCAAACGUGGUCAGCUCGACUUUUGAUCAAGAACAAGGAUACUCGGGACUGGUACUUCAACGAGCAACAGCGCAUGGACGCUGGACACGCGUACCUGCGUCUGUGGUCGCUGUCGACCCUUGCCAACGACGUAUCCCAGCUGACACAAAAAUACGACCAGAUUGUCAACGCCCCCGUGGUGCUGUCGGCGCAGAACAAGAACAAGAUUGAAGUGAUUGACAAGUUUACCAACUUGCUCAAGGACGCGGUGAAACUGAAACACAAGAUCUUCAAGAACAAGACGUACGACGACGAACUGGCACGCAUGGCGACGCUAAACAUUCCCCAGGAAUACGACAAGCACGGCGAUGAAUUGAUUGAUGCGGCGGCGAUAUUGGCGGCCGCCGCGCUGGACUUUGCAGACGAAGAGCUCCGUGUGUUGGACAAGACUGUGCGAGCCAAGAAGAUUCGAGCGUCCGCAACGGUGCACGUGGGUGAAAAGGCGGUGCAGCUGGUGGGUAUUGUCAACAAGUUGGGCGCGCGGGGGAUGGAUGCAGUCAACGCACGCAUGGGGCCGCUGGACGAGCAGCUGAAUGCGAUCAAGGAGCAGUUUUUCGCUGACAAGGACGAAGAAGAGGAGGACGAUGUGUUGUAAUAAUGGGACUAGUUGGACUUGCGACUAGUAUUUAGAGCAUCUCCAAGGGUAAAUUCGAACCUAUAAUGCUAAAGCAUGGUAGGUUAAA